AUGGAAAAAGAGGAUAUUAAAGAUGUUCCAGUCUGGGUCAAAUUGAAUGAUGUGCCGUUAGCAGCAUUUACCGAGGAUGGUCUUAGCUUAGUGGCUUCUAAGAUUGGGAUCCCUAAGAUGUUGGAUUCAUAUACUGCCACGAUGUGUACUGAGUCUUGGGGAAGAAGCAGCUAUGCUAGCGCGCUUCUUGAAGUUCAGGCAGGGACCGAGUUAAAGAAGAGUGUUACAGUUGCAAUCCCAUCUUUGGAUGGUAAUGGUCACUCAACGGUGGAGGUCAAAGUUGAAUAUGAUUGGGAGCCUUUAAGGUGCUCCUCUUGCUGUGUCUUUGGUCAUGAUGAUAGCACGUGCCCAAAGAACCCUCAUGUUACUUCAAAUGGGGAUUCUGAAAAGAAUAUUGAUGAUUUUCAGGAUGUGGGUUCCAAGAAGAAGAAAGUUAAUAACCAGGGCAUCCAUAUGAAAAAUCAGAAGCCUAAGUUAGUUUACAGACAAGUUAUCAAGCCUAAACCAAAGUCGUCCUUGAGGAGUCCGGUGAAUAAUCAGGUUUCAACGUCUAACCCGUUUGACAUUCUCAAGGACGAUGAUGGAAAUCAAGGAGGUAUCACUGUGGGUCGAGUGGAAAAGAAGACUAUGCAGCCGACUAGUGACAAGCAGGAUUCAGAUGAGGAGGAGGUAGUUGAAGUCUAUAAUGAAACUAGUGAAUUUAUGACCUCGGGCACCCAUUCUUCAUCUUCGAGAGCUAAGGCAGGCACCUCUUCUACAAAGUUCUCCAAUGGAUAG